UCAGCCCUGCUAUGUGCAUCCUGCUUGUUAGUCAGCCAAACUGGAAGGAAGCCGCUCGCAGGCAGAAGACUAGCAUCUGUAGCUGCCACUCACUGCAUCAGGCAAGGUGCUCGUCUGACGCGCUGACGUCACCAAAUCUUUGACAGCACUUCCUGGAGUGGUGUUUGUUGUGGGAAAUAGCCGCAGCGGCGCUGAAUUGGGGGGAGAUUUAGGCCACAUAAGCGGCAGGAAAGACGGCACCGACUGCUACAUUAUCCCACCUCCAGGGAUGCGGACGCAGCACCUUUCGAGCAGUGUCAGAUAAGAGCGAGGGCGAGACGGUCGUUAAGGCUGAGGAAGGACGAGGUGGAAAUAUUCUCGGACAGCCCUCAGAGCAAAGCUCCCCCUCACCACCACCGGACAGCACGGAGCUGUCGCGAUGUUGUAACUAAACCAUGGACAGCAGAAUAAAGGAGAAUCCAGAAAGAACAUUUGAUCUGGUUGUGCAGGUGUCAUGUCCAGCAUCCGAAAAUGAGGAUCCAACCGUGCUGUGGAGCUUCCCCCAGGACCACACAGACCAGGAGGUCCUUCAGACGAUACCAAAGUUCUGCUUUCCCUUUGACGUGGAAAGGGUUUCCCAGAGUCAGGUGGGGCAGAAUUUCACCUUUGUGCUGACAGACAUCGACAGCAAGCAGAGGUUUGGUUUCUGCCGACUCACCCAAGUGCGGGUCUGCAUAUGUCUGCUCAGUUAUCUACCAUGGUUUGAAAUCUACUACAAGCUGCUAAAUACUCUGGCAGACUACCUAUCUAAACAACAGGAAAAUGACUUGAAUGACAUGCUGAAUUCUCUCUAUGAUCUGCCUGUGCCAAAGCCCUUCACGCCAGUCAAUCUGAGUGUGAAUGAGCAGUUGUAUAUUGCCACUGGGCAAGUACUGAGAGAUCGGCGAAGCGAGGAGCCGCACUCCUACUUCAUCGCCCCGGAUAUCAAUGGACUGCCAACUAUCCCUGAGAGUAGGAACCUGACAGAGUACUUUGUGGCUGUGGACAUCAACAACAUGCUCCAGCUCUACGCCAGCAUGCUGCACGAACGGCGCAUCAUCAUUACCUCAAGCAAGCUUAGCACUUUAACUGCGUGUGUCCACGGUGCUGCUGCUUUGCUCUUUCCUAUGUACUGGCAGCACAUCUUCAUCCCCGUGCUGCCCCCGCAUCUUCUGGACUACUGCUGUGCUCCUAUGCCAUACUUUGUGGGAGUUCAUCUUAGUCUGCUAGAGAGAGUACGCAGUCGAUCACUGGAAGAUGUGGUCAUUCUCAAUGUGGACACAAACACCCUGGAGAGCCCUUUUGAUGACCUGCACAACCUCCCCAGUGAUGUGGUGUCCUCUCUGAAGAGCAAGCUGAAGAAGCAGUCAACAGCAACAGGAAGUGGUGUGGCGAGGGCCUUUCUGAGAGCGCAGGCCGCUCUAUUUGGAUCCUACCGAGAUGCUCUGAGAUAUAAGCCUGGAGAGCCAAUUACAUUCUGUGAAGAGAGCUUCGUGAACCAUCGUUCAAGCACCAUGAAGAACUUCCUGUCCAUGGCUGUCAACCUGCAGCUCUUCAAACAGUUCAUCGACGGACGGCUGGCCAAAUUGAACGCAGGCCGUGGCUUCACUGACGUGUUUGAAGAGGAGAUCACAGAGGGGGGCUUCUGUGGAAGUAAUUCAAGGUCUUACCAGCAAUGGAUGCAUACUGUAAAGAGAGGAGGAGCACUCUUCAACACAGCUGUGUCAAAGGCCAAGGUUCAUGCUAAGAGGGGUAUCCGGGACUUUAAGGGCAUACUUAAAGCAAGGGAUGAUGAAGAAGAGGGGAUAACGGUCUAUCCAGGAUCUCCAACCAGCACCAAGAGCCUGUCUCCAAGGAGACUGCAGAAGAUAAGACGGCAUAACUUCAAGUCUCCCAUGAGCGUGGGCCCUCGAGAUCUGGGCUAUGGGCUCGAUGAUGAGGAGCUGGACAAUGCAAGCAAGAUCUCCUCAGAGGACAGUGGCGAUGUCCCUUCGUACAAUGAGGACAGUGAUGAUUCCUGCUCCCUUGAUCUGGACAUCGAUUCCUCUCAGUCGGGCCAGAUGAACCUUCUGGAGGAAAUCUUAGAUUCUCUGACCACCACAACAAUGGAGCAAGGAAAACUCAGCGCUGCAAAGAGCCUGGAUUUCUUCUUGUCCAUGGAUGAUUUAGAAUACAAAAUCCCGACUAAGCCCUCAUCAUGCAAAGAGUCUAAACCUGCAGAUGAGAGCAGCUGUGGUGGAGGCGGAGAUCAAGGUGGAUGGAAUAUGGGCCAGGAUGACAGUGCGGUCCACGGAAAACACCUUCCUCCAUCUCCACGCAGACAGCCCACCAAGAGCAGCCUGAAGGUGUCAAAAAAACCCGCAACAGUUCCUGCAGUGCCCAUUGCUGCAUCACCAGCCCAGAGCGCUGCCAUCUCUGUGUCACACCCUUGUCAGCCCUCACCCGCCAAGUCCCGGCCUGACCCUGAUCCACUACUUCCAGCGCGGAAAUCAGGAGAUCGUUACUCUUACUCGCCCGCCCUGUCCCGUAGAGUUACAUCUAAAGAAUCAUCUCCCACUCUCUUGCACACCUGCAGUUCUCCAAUGUCUGCUCCUGACACAAGCUGUUCUCCUGUACUGGGGGGACGGGUGCGGACCAUCUCAGACCCUCAAAGCAGCUCAGAGCCUCUCCAGCCUGAGAACCAGACUGCCUCCACCAGUGUCCUCAGGAGGAAGGUGAUGUCCAAAGAGACAACAAGGCACUAUCAGCAAAUGGCCCUCCAGAGGCGGGAGAGCAAGGAGGGUAAGAGGAGUCCGUCAAGGACCAGCCAUUCAGCUAUGCAGGUCCCCUGGGAGAAGGAGAUGUCCAAAGAGGGGCUUCUUGGGCUUGGCCUGUGCUUGGGUCAGGGUAAAGGCCCAGGGGCAACUGUGGUGCAGGAUCAAGGCCUCCUUGAGGAGAUUGAGUCCAUGUGUUGCCUGGGCUCAGUCCUCCACACCAGCCUGCAGCUCUCACAAGUUAACAACAGUCACCACCAGGUCCAGGGCAAAGCUGCAGAUGAGUCCUGAGGGACAUCAUGGACUCGGUGUCUGUAAAAUGCCAUAGGUUUUAUUCUUCUAUCACAAUUAGCAGAAAAAAAAACUAUUCUUUUUUUUUUUUAUCUCAACACUUAGCUCUGAGUAUAAAUUCAAGACCAGCCAACACAAACAAAAAGCCACAGAGCAGGGAACAGGAAGAGAUGAAGUGGUGCACCACAGAAUUCUCCAUUUAUGUUCCAUCUAUGAUCCAUCUCCAUAUUUAAAAAAAAAAACUAAAACCAGAUUUAUAGUAAUUGAAAAGAAUUAGCUUGUCAGUUUUCUUAAAAUAAAUUUCCUCUGGACAUUACUCUGGAAUUGGAUACCUCCAAGUAAAGCGUCUCAUGAACUGUGAUCACGGCACUCCAAAACCACAAACCGAGGCCAUAGUAUUGCCAUCUUUUUUUUUAAAAAAAGAAAGCUUUUCCAGUUCAUGAGAUAUUUUUUACUUGUUUUAAAAGAAAAUCAAUUUCUAAAAGCACAGACAAAAGUAACUUAAGAGGACUGAGAUUUGUUUUCACGUUUUUUCAACUCAGUUCAGCAUUUCUGUCUAAUAAAAUAAUGUCUCGUAUUUUCAUGCAUUUUUCACCUUAUAACGUAUUCACCCCCAAAAGAUGCACUAACUGCAUUUUUCUUAAAGAAGCAGCGAACAGAGACAACGGAGGAACGUUCUACGUUUGCUUACAGGAAUUUAAAAAGCCUCAGUACUGUGUCAGGAUUAAGAAGGGAUGUUAGCUCCUCACAGCGCCACCACAUCACUCUGUAACUCGCAGUGUUCCAAACAUUUCACAUGAUGAGGGUUAACAAAUAUUAUUACUACCAGGUACUAAAAUCUUUUUUUUUUAAUUCAAAAGUUUACUUUAUUUAAAUUAAGACCUUAUAAAGUAGUACCUUUCAUAAUUAGGUACUAAAAUCUUUGGUAAACAGCAAGUGAGGCGGGUUCUUUUAAACAUAGUCCACGUGGGCCUUUUGAAACUCACCAUAUGCUGUGGAAUAUGUUUCUUUUUAUCACUAUGCCUUAUAUGGACGUGUGAUUUAUUUUUUUUUGUUAAACUCUGGUGUCUUAUUCUAUAGAUGCCACAUCGGGUACUUUGUAAUCAGAAUCACUGACACAGUCAGAUCUUAAAUAAAGAUUUCUUUGUCGAGUAAUAGUUAAUAUAUGAUGUGCUUUAAGCUGCUGUUUUAAUCGCAUUCCAGAAUAAUGUGAUGUGCUUGUAGAAAUCUCCUCAGGACACGUUUCACACUGAAGAGCUGCCAGUCAAAAGUUAAAAGGAACAGCCUGAGAAAGCCAGUAUCCCUGCUUCACUUUUUUUCCCCUCUUUUUCCACCAUCACGACUCCUCUCCUCACAUCGUCCACCUAAUUCUCUGCCUUUUACUACUCGCAGCACAUCUGACUCUCGCUUUUGACCUUAAAAAUAUGGCAAGUUUUUGCCGAGCUCGUGAAGUUUGGCGUGCAGCUGGAAAAGGUGAACUUUAAAGGAUUUGACUGGAGGUACUCUAUAUUUUUUACAAUCAUCAAAUCCCAUGGAAAGACCAAAACUAACAAUACUUUAUUUGUCUUAUUGUAUCUCUCAGCACUGUCAGCUAUAACUUUUAAAAUGGGUCAUAGUGUAUUUGUCGCUGAUUGUUUUCAGCUGCAGGUUAUUUAGUACGCUGGCUUCACUGUUGGUUAAACUCUGGUCGGUUUUGGCCUUUUCAUAGCAUUUGCUGACUUUAGGAAAAUCCAGAAUAUCACCAGACUUAUCUUUCUUUCUUUCUGUCUCGGUUUCUUUGCCUUUCUCACAUGAGGGAAUACAGUCUGUGUCUGCAUAGGUAGGAGUCACACUGUAAUAUAAUGCAGUGGUUGAUGAUUGUACUGUAAUGAAGCAAUAUAGUUCUCCUCAGAGUAGCUACAUGGAUGUAAUGUGUACAGAGUCUAAAGUAUUCCUGUAACAGACUCUCCUGUGGAGAGAAACGCCGCGUCCAGCGAUUGUGGCUUCCCAUCAUUCACUGCGCCACCACAAACCCAGAGGAAAGGAGAGCGCUUUUUCGUGUGCUUGUGUCGGGAAUAUUACAUUUAUGGUUCGUUGUUCUUAUGAUUUAUGCCAGACGCCAGCCGGUGUGGCAGUUUAAUAGCAGCUAUUUCUCCACUUUUUGAGUGCUGCUCUGCGUUAACGAUUUGCUCAUAAAAUCUCUGGCAUGCUUCUAAAAGCCCCAAGAAUCGGUCUUUGCAAUUCCAAAACGGAAAAAUCAGACUCCAGAACCAUUUCUGUACUGGCCUUUAUGCAUUGUAAACAUAAAAAAAAAAUACUUAUGUACUAUGCAAACAUUUAAAAUACUCAAAGUUAGUUUUCUCUAAGAGUGAUUAGAUUUUAUUUUAAUAUAAAGUCACAAUUGGACUGCUUUCUGCUUGAAGGAAGCUUCUUGUGUCCCUAAAUAAAUACAUAAAUUUAGAGUCUUUGAUAUUUAUGAGAGCUGAGGUGUGUUAAUGAUGGUUUGUAUGGUGUGCCUUAUCCAGUACAAGUAUAAUCACAUCAAGGUACAGUAUUAUAGAAAGGAGGGGUAUGCAAUGUUUUCAGACCACCCUACAUGAUAGUGAGGAAUAUUUUGGUAUUUAUAUCAUGUUCAGACAUGAGAGCCCAGCUUGGACCUGAGAAACUAACCUGAAAUGAACUCGUUUUUUUGUAGCCGUCUUGUUGUUGAGUUUCGGCUGCACUCCAGCUGGUUUCACUCAGUGUUUUUCUUUGCUGUGGUGGUUGGUGGGAAUCUUCCUGCUUGUGUUUAAGAGAGGAUCUCUGAAUUUCUCUGGGUUAUUUUAUCCUUUUGUAAAUUAGGUACUUUUUCUUUGUUAGCUGAUUCCUUAUGUGGUGUUUUUUUUUUUUUCUUUUUCUUUUCUUUUUUUAACUCUUUAAAAAUGUAUUCUGAGUUUAUUCUGUAUUUAAAAAAAAAUCUCAGAGGAGUUUAUGUAGUUGAUUUCAUAAUGGAAAAAAUUAUUUUCAGCUGAAUAGACGUGUAUUUUUGCUGGCUUGAGUAUAUUUUACAUGGAUAACAUAUGAUCGGUGUUGUAUGUUGUAAAAAAAAAAAAAAAAAGAGCCCCCAAAUUGAAUGUUUUAGAUUUUAUUUUUGGAGAUAAAUAAAAGAUAUUAACAAAUGUCCCAUGUAGCCAUUCACACUCAGAUGCAUUUGACAACUUCUGAUCAAAAUCGGCAGACCGAUGCUCGCUUGUACACAGUAAAAUACUGUUUUAUCUGCAUGUACGUAGCUGUUUUGCAGUUUCUAUUGCUAUUAAUUUCAGUAUUUAGCACCUCCAUCACCAUCAAAUUGAUAAUGGUGGAAAUGAUCAACGGGUCUCGUGUGUUACACUCAUUCUGCCUCGCGUUGAGUAUUGUGGAGUGAAGCGUCAUCUGCGAUACAUUUUUGUGUAAAAUAAAACAAUAUUUCUGCUUUUUUUUUUUUUUUUUUUU